UCGCAUACCCAGUUGCUAACAGCUGUUCUGUUUCCAAGAUGUCAGGACGCGGCAAGCAGGGCGGCAAGGCUCGCGCCAAGGCCAAGACCCGCUCCUCCCGGGCCGGCCUGCAGUUCCCCGUGGGCCGCGUGCACCGCCUCCUCCGCAAGGGCAACUACGCCGAGCGGGUGGGCGCCGGCGCCCCGGUGUACCUGGCGGCCGUGCUGGAGUACCUGACGGCCGAGAUCCUGGAGCUGGCUGGCAACGCGGCCCGCGACAACAAGAAGACGCGCAUCAUCCCGCGCCACCUGCAGCUGGCCAUCCGCAACGACGAGGAGCUCAACAAGCUGCUGGGCCGCGUGACGAUCGCGCAGGGCGGCGUCCUGCCCAACAUCCAGGCGGUGCUGCUGCCCAAGAAGACCGAGAGCCACCACAAGGCCAAGGGGAAGUAACUUGACAACCAUCAGAACUUUCAGAAACUUCAGACCCAAAGGCUCUUUUCAGAGCCCC